GCUCCGCCCCUCGUUGUCCCUUUCCUCCGGAACCUACCGUUUGGGAGUCUCUGGUGUCUCCACUUGAAGAACGUGAGUUUACAGCAAUUCCUGAAGCCGCGGCUUGGUAGGUGCGGGCUACCCGGGAAUAGUGAGUUAUGAGGAAUCAAUGAUGCAACACAAGACGGGAAAGACCCUCAUGUACUUCUAAACCCUGACAAGAUACCUGGGAGCCAAAAGGAAGAACACAGAAGGUGUGCUCUUGGCCAGGCUUGGCCGGCUUGCUGGGCCCCUCACAGGCCCAGGCUCAGGCAUGUGCCCUACGGCCCGCCCUUCGCUGUGGCGUUCUUCUGAUACCAAUGGCUGAGGAGUGUCCCGUCCUCACUUCGAUGGAAGUGGUUCUACAGCCAGUUCCUGAAGCUGAGACUUGAACUGUGAAGACUCAUGGACAAAGACGCCCAGAAGAGGAAAGAACAGGAGUCAGGCAUGGCUCUUUCUCCGGCCCAAUUGACCUUCAAGGAUGUGUUCAUAGAUUUCACGCCGGAGGAGUGGGACUGUAUGAACCCUGCCCAGAGGACCUUGUACAAGGACGUGAUGGUGGAGACCCUCAGGAACCUGCUGUCUGUGGAUGUGUCUCAAAUACGUAUGAUCAAGAAAUUACAGACAAAAGGAGACAGUGGUAAAGAAGAAAUUUUUCAAAGAGUGGUAUUUGGAAGAGCCGAAAGCCAUGAAAUCGAAGAUUUUUUCCUCAGGAAGAUACGGGAAAAUAUGUAUGAUUUUGAGUGUCUGUGGACAGAUGAUGAAAGAAAUGACAGAGGAACCUCUAUAUCCCAUAACAACAAUCUCACUGAUAGAAGAGCUCAUGAUAGUAGAAGUGAUGCAGGAAAUAAGCCUGUUGAAAGGCAUGGAUCAAGCUUUCAGGAUCAGUUGCAGAUACUUGAAUCUGAAGGGACAGUUUCUGAAUGUAGUCAGGUUGUGGCAAAUAUCAACAGUAGCGCCUCAGGUUUACCACCUCAGAGAACUCGUAGUGUCCGUAAAGGCAAUUCUCAUAAACAAGCGAGUGCUGUUAUACAUCCCUCAGAACUGGUACCAGACCAGGAAGCACACAAGAAAAAAUCUUACAGUUGUAAUGAGUGUAACAUAACUUUUCUUCAGGACUCAGAACUCACUAGACAUCAAAGAAUCCAUACAGGAAGAAAAACAUAUAAAUGUAACAUAUGUUGUAAGGCUUUUAAUGAUAAAUCGACCCUUAUAGUUCAUCAGAGAAAUCAUACUGGAGAAAAACCAUAUAAAUGUGAUGUGUGUGGCCACUGCUUUAAACAGCAUACACACCUACAACAUCAUCGGCGAGUUCAUACUGGAGAGAAACCAUAUAAAUGUGAUGUGUGUGGAAAGGCCUUUAGUCGAAAAGCAAGACGUACAGUUCAUCAGACCCUUCAUACUGGAGAGAAACCGUAUACAUGUGAAGUAUGUGGCCGUGGCUAUACUCGAAAGUCACACCUUGGAAUUCAUUGCAGAGUUCAUACUGGAGAGAAACCAUAUAAAUGUGAUGUGUGUGGAAAGGCCUUUAGUGUAAAUGACAGGCUUGUAGUUCAUCAGAGAGUUCAUACUGGAGAGAAACCAUAUAAAUGUGAUGUGUGUGGCAAGGCCUUUAGUGUAAAUGAAAGGCUUGUAGUUCAUCAGAGAGUUCAUACUGGAGAGAAACCAUAUAAAUGUGAUGUGUGUGGCAAGGCCUUUAGUGUAAAUGUAAGGCUUGUAGUUCAUCGGACAGUUCAUACUGGAGAGAAGCCGUAUACAUGUGAAGUAUGUGGUCGUGGCUAUACUCAAAAGUCAAUAUUUUUAAUUCAUCAGAGAAUUCAUACUGAAGAGAAACCAUAUAAAUGUGAUGUAUGUGGCAAGGCCUUUAGUGUAAAUUCAAGGCUUGUAGUUCAUCAGAGAGUACAUACUGGAGAGAAACCAUAUAAAUGUGAUGUGUGUGGAAAGGCCUUUAGUCGAAAAGCAAGGUGUACAGUUCAUCAGACCCUUCAUACUGGAGAGAAACCAUAUACCUGUGAAGUAUGUGGCCGUGGCUAUACUCGAAAGUCAAUACUUGUAAUUCAUUGGAGAAUUCAUACCGGAGAGAAACCAUAUAAAUGUGAUGUAUGUGGCAAGGCCUUUAGUCUAAAUUCAAGGCUUGUAGUUCAUCGGAGAGUACAUACUGGAGAGAAACCAUAUAAAUGUGAUGUGUGUGGCAAGGCCUUUAGUCUAAAUGCAAGGCUUGUAGUUCAUCGGAGAGUUCAUACUGGAGAGAAACCAUAUAAAUGUGAUCUGUGUGGCAAGGCCUUUAGUUUAAAUUCAAGGCUUGUAGUUCAUCGGAGAGUACAUACUGGAGAGAAACCAUUUAAAUGUGAUCUAUGUGGCAAGGCCUUUAGUGUAAAUUCAAGGCUUAUAGUUCAUCGGAGAGUACAUACUGGAGAGAAACCAUAUAAAUGUGAUGUGUGUGGAAAGGCCUUUAGUCAAAAAGCAAGGUGUACAGUUCAUCAGACCCUUCAUACUGGAGAGAAACCGUAUACAUGUGAAGUAUGUGGCCGUGGCUAUACUCAAAAGUCAAAACUUGUAAUUCAUGGGAGAAUUCAUACCGGAGAGAAGCCAUUUAAAUGUGAUGUGUGUGGCAAGGCCUUUAGUGUAAAUGCAAGGCUUGUAGUUCAUCGGAGAGUUCAUACUGGAGAGAAACCAUAUAAAUGUGAUAUGUGUGGAAAGGCCUUCAGUCAAAAUUCAGGCCUUGUAGUUCAUCAGAGAGUUCAUACUGGAGAGAAACCAUGUAAAUGUGAUGUAUGUGGACAGGCCUUUAGUCGAAAUUCAAUCCUUUCAAUUCAUAAGAGAAUUCAUACUGGAGAGAAACGUUACAAAUGUAACAGUUAGGACAAACAUUUUAGUGCACAGUCAUCCUUAAAUUGCCAUCAGGCAGUUCAUACAGGCGGAGAAGUGUAGAAAGGUAAUUUAUGUGGCAAAGUCUUCAGUUGCAGGUCUUUGCAGUUCAUUGGAAACAUAUUGGAGAGAAACCAUAUAAAUAAUGAUGUAUGUGGCAAGGCCCUUAGUCAAACAGUAAACCUUGCAUUUCAUCAGAGAAUUCAUACUGGAGAGAAACCGUGUAAAUGUGUUGUGUGUGGCUGAUGCUUUACUGGAAACCCACAGCUUGGAAUUCAUCAGAGAAUUCAUACUGGAGAGAAACCAUGUAAAUGUGAUCUCAGUGGCAAGGCCUUGAAAUGCAAACCUUGCAGUUCAUUGGAGAAUUCAUACUGGAGAGAAAACUUAACAAACGUAACCAUUCUGACAAACGUUUUACUGCACAGCUAGCCUCACCAUCAUGCAGUUCAUACAGGAGAGGCAGCAUAGAAAUGUGAUGUAUGUGGGCAGUGCUUGAAAUGACCAUCUAAGAAAUCAGAUAAUUCAUAGUGGAGAAAAAUGUUACAAAUACAACAAUUAUGAGAAACAUCUUUUUUUUAAUUAAUAAAAAAAAAAAGAAACAAACAUGAACCCCCCCUCCCACCU